AUGUGUACAACUGUGGGUGUGGACUUCGGGGUGGGUCCGACCACAGUGCAAACUCUCCACUGGUCCUGGCGCCUUGGGCCAGUCACUGAUAAAAAUCUUAGUGGUUUAAGAAAUGCAUGUGCCUGGCACCGAGGGGAGGCCACUGUGGGCAGUGGCCGUGUACCAGCCUGGGGGAGUUCCCAAGUCAUUCGGCUCAGCCCAGCACCCCCCAAGGCCGCCAUCAGGAGCCAUGCAAUGGUGCCCUUUGGGGGCUCUGGGGGGUCCUUCCUUCCCCCUGCGAGUCCUCAGGGGAACUUUCUGGGGACAUUUCGGCUGGUGAAAUCCUUCUGGAUCAUGAAUGGGAGUGCAGGUAGGGGUAGGGGCUAA